AUGGAUCUACCAACAUGUGCUACUCAAGUCUCCAGAUUACAAUUCAGACACGUGCUCCGCUCGACCUUCGUUCUUGCCCCAACUAUCUCAUCGACGCACACCCCACAGCGACGACCGAGACAUAAACCCUCCGAGACGCUCCAUCAACGCCGGCAGACUCACACACGACGAAAUGUCUCUUCAACAGCAUUUGACCUUCAUUCCAACCCUCAACCUGAGUCCCACCCUGUCGAAAUGGCGCUCCUGAGGCCCUUGUCUUGUCUUCCACUCUCCACAUUGAUCCGCUCAUAUACCAUCACUUCGGUCUCUUCAGUGCCAUUUCUUCUGAAUCCGUCUCUCAAAUUCCUUACAUUCCUCACGCGUACCAAGAACCCCUUCCUUGAUCCCGACCGCAAUCCCGUUCUCCACUUCCUACUGAAGAAAACGUUCUACGCCCAGUUCUGCGCAGGCGAGACUCCAGCAGAGGCCAGAAAGACCAUCGAGGAUUUGAAAGAUACAGGAUAUGAAGGGGUAAUCCUCGGGCAUGCCAGGGAGGUGGUUCUUUCCAAAGAAGAGGCUGAAGGAUUGGAAGUUUUGGAAGAUGAUGGUUCAGAAACGGCAAUCAAUACCCAGGAAAUCAACGAGUGGAAACAGAACCUUGUCGAAACCAUCGCCCUUUCACAGAAAGGCGAUUUUGUCGCUUUGAAAUUCACGGGUGCUGGAAGACAGGCACUUAAACACCUGAAAGCCACAAUUGCCUGCGCUCCUGAAUUCGAAAUGGCUGUUCACGAGAUUUGCCAGAGUGCUGAACAGAAAGGCGUCAAGCUGCUGUUUGAUGCUGAACAGACCACUCUUCAAGAAGGCAUUGAUAAUUGGACCAUGUACUUUGCCAAAAUAUACAACAAGGAAAGGGCACUAGUACAUGGCACUUAUCAAGCCUAUGCUCGAAAAACCCCCCAGGUCUUGGCCAGACAUCUGAACAUGGCUCUUGAAAACGACUUUGUAUUGGGUAUCAAGUUGGUUCGGGGUGCUUAUUUGGGCAGCGAUCCGCGAGAUUUGUUUUGGUCGACGAUUGAAGAAACGCACCAGUGUUACGACUCUCUUGCUCGAAGCGUGAUACAGAGCAAGUAUGGCAAGAUGUUGACUCCUGUUGAGGGAGGUUCUGCAACCUUUCCCCGUGUUGGUCUUGUUCUCGCCACACACAAUGCAGAAUCAGUCAGAUUGGCCGGCCAGCUCCGUGAUUUGCAGGCCCAGCGUGGCGAGGCACGAAUCGAAUUGGCUUAUGGUCAACUGAUGGGAAUGGCGGAUAAUGUCAGUUGCCAGGUUGUACAAACCGCCAGGGCACGAAGCAGAUACCAAUCUACUGGCGAGCAAGCCAAUGUGGAGGUGCCAAAGGCAUACAAAUAUCUGGUCUGGGGAUCGAUGGGUGAGUGUAUGAAAUAUCUUCUCCGUCGAGCUCAUGAGAAUCGGGACGCUGUUACCAGGACGGUAGAGGCCCGGCAAGCACUAGGGCGGGAGUUGGGCAGCAGAUUGCUGUUCUGGCGCAACUAA